UUGUACUGAAGUUUACUGAAAAAGUGUUGAGUUUGAGCUAUAUUUUUAAAUAAGUAUAAUUCAAGCACUGUUCGCUGUUGUAAAUGCUAGUAGCAUGAAAAAGGUUUAGUAAAAAAACAUCGGUGAUACGAGUGAUUCGGCCAAGAUAGAGUAUGAUGAUUAAUUGAUCUUUUAAAUAACAUAGCUGGCAGACAUAUUUGUUUUCACAAACCCAUAGAAAAUCAACUAAAAACUACGAGCGUCUAGUGCAACAAACAUUAUAUUCAAUGUGGGAAAACAUGAAUAUGAGACCACUCAAGAGGCCACGCUUAGGGCCUCCGGAUGUUUAUCCACAAGAAGCCAAACAACGGGAAGAUGAACUUACAUCGACACAUGUGAAACAUGGAUUUGCCACCGAACAUAAACUGUCGGAAGAAUUUGGUACGGCUCGAAACUGCAAUGUAACAGCUAGCAAAGUGGGUGCCUACUUUAAUGCAAUUAUGGCAAGGAAGGAUGAGCUGAUGACAUUACCGGAUUCUGGCAGGAAAAAGCAGCAGAUAAAUCCAAAGGACAAUUUUUGGCCGGUAACGGCACGAAAUAAAACAACUUUGGAUACUUGGUUUAAAGAUUUGGCAGGAACAAAACCAUUGAGCAGUUUGGCUAAAAAGGCACCAAGUUUUAAUAAGAAAGAGGAAAUUUUCGCUAUGUUGUGCGAAAAUCAAGUUACAAUGCAAAGAGCAGCGUGGUUCAUAAAAUUAAGUUCGGCAUACACUGUCGCUGUUUCUGAGGCCAAAAUUAAAAAACGUCAAAUGCCGGAUCCGGCAACGGAAUGGACAGGAACAUUAAUCAAAUUUAUGAAAGAUCUGACACCCAAACUACUCGAGCAUUAUUAUCAGGGCUCAAUUCCGGAGAAAUCUGGUACUUCAGGACCAACGGGAGCAAUGACACCCAAUUCCAGUUUAAAUUCUAAUUCAGUAACAAUACCUCCUCCUUUGUCUAGUCCUGCUGGUAGUCUUCAUAGUCCAGUUAGCUCAACUGUAGGAAUUGGUGCAUCUCAGAUACAAAAUCAGGCACCUGCUUCACCGCAAGAUGAACAGAAAACAGCUCUGAAACAGUGGAAUUAUUGCACACAGUUGUGUAAAUAUAUGUACGAAGAAGGACUUCUUGAUAGAGCUGAAUUUCUGAACUGGGUACUGGACUUGUUGGACAAAAUGAAGUUGUCUCCAUCGACUGAUGAUGGGAUUUUAAAAAUAUAUCUUCCGUUAGCAAUGCAGUAUUUGUCGGACAUUGUACAAUCAGAACGUUUUUCUCGUCGAUUGGCCUACGCAGUUUGUAAGAAACUUGCCCAUUUGAUUAAUACAAUGGCCGAUUGUCAUAAUAUAAGUUUACUUAACCAUGAGCAUCAUGCAGGCAAGCAGGACAUUACUGAAAGAAAGGAAAAAAAUUCCGAUAAGCUUUUGAAAGAUAUGGAACAGAAACCCGAAUUAACACCAACGCAUAUAAAUCCGAUCGAUACAAUAAUUUCAGAAUAUAUGAGCUGCUCUCAUCAUCAUGAUUUGUUACUGCAGUUGUCGUCAAUUAUACAAGUUAUUACUUUGGAAUGCUCUACAGCACUAGUUUGGUGUGGAGUUGGAGAAACACGUUCCUCUUCUGUUUUGGCGGGAAGUCCUUUGGAUCAUUUACCCGUUGCUCCAUCGGCACUACCAAUGCCAUCGCGGUGUAAAAAAUCCAACGAGGAAGUUCGAAAAAUAUUGCUGAAAACAGAAGAAAGCAUUAAACUGCGAUCUCGUCAUGCCGAGUCCCGUUGGUGUGUAGAUAAACUACAAACCGUAACAGGAAAUGCUAGCUUGAAGAUUUUGGCCGUAUUAGAUGCCCUCGACGGACAUUGUUUUGAUCGGAUGGAUACGAACAAUUCACUGGAUACGUUGUAUCAAAAAAUCUUCCCCCCAUUACAAUCACAAAAGGAUCUGUCAUCCGGAAACUGUUCCACUGGAGCAACAGAUGGGAAAGAUUCGCACAAUACACAACUGGAAUAUUGUGCAGAGCAAGACGCAUCUAUAAUUAAUAUAUUAUGCGAGUGGACGGUUUCCUGGCAACGGUGGGGUGAACAUCGAGCUAUGGCUGUUGCAUGUUUAUUGGAUAAGAGACAGAAUGAAGUCUUUACCACGUACGAUAAUGAAAGUGCUAAUAACGGAAACUCAAAUGACGAUAAGGAUUCCGUUAUAUCUGUAGGAGGACCGGGUGGCGGACUACCAAUUUUUCAAAAUAUUUUAAUGAAAUUUCUCGACGAAGAUGCGCCUGUUCUGGCAGAGCAAGGCACCCAACAGAAUAGAAGUCAAUUUACAAAUUUGAUACAUUUAUUCAGCGAGUUGAUACGUCAUGAUGUUUUCUCGCACGAUGCUUACAUGUGCACGCUAAUUUCUAGAGGCGAUUUGUUAACCGGUACUGGAAUGUCUUUGUUAGAUUCUCAAUCUAGCUGCAAUACUGGUUUAGGCACUGGUCCUAUAUCGAAUAAACCGACAUCGUCACCACCAAACAUCAACCAAGGUAUUGAAGAUGAUGUCGUUCAGAAUGAUUUUAAAGCCAAACUGGAAGAUUUAGAUGAUUCGAAUGUGGAUGAUGAUUUAGAUAAACUGUUGCAGCAUAUAAAGGAAGAUCAGCAAAACUCGAUGGAUGCACCGGAUAGCCCUAAGGAUCCAGAACAUGCCGCGCAACAGGUUGACCAUUCAGCUAACAAAACAGAAUCAUCCAGCAGACACUUUCUCUAUACUGAACAUUUCCCUUUGUGUCAGGAUGAUCCAAUUGCCCAGCACGAUUGUAAUCAGAGAUACAUUUUGCUAUACGGCGUUGGAAAGGAGCGUGACGAUAAAAAACAUGCGGUGAAAAAAAUGACUAAAGAGAUUUGCAAGUUAUUUUCGAAAAAAUUCAGCAUUGAUGUUGCGGAAGGUGGAAAAGUGAAAAAACAUUCCAGAAAUGAGUUUAAUUUCGAAGCAACGUCCAAUAAAUCUCAAUCAAUGUCAUACUUUGAUCAGCAUAUGGUAACAUGGCAGUGCGCCGUUCAGGUACAAGAAAUGUUGAACAGUUUUGCUCUUGGCAAUAGUAAUUAUCUACCGGUACAAGAACAUGUUGCUUUCUUGUUUGAUUUGAUGGAAUCUGCUUUUAAUAUUUACGGUCUUAUUGAUACGUGCAUUCAAAUUUUGAAAGAACUUCCAGAAGUGGAGCUACAGUUAAUGAGUAAAAACUCAUCGUUGAUCAAAAAUUACACCACUUCCCUAAGUUUGUAUGUUGUUGGAGUGUUAAGACGUUAUCACUGCUGUCUCCUUCUGUCAGCAGAGCAAACAACAGCAAUAUUCGAAGGACUUUGCCGGAUCGUUAAGCAUGUAACAAAUCCCAGCGAUUGUAGUUCUGCAGAACGUUGUAUUUUAGCAUAUCUCUACGAUCUGUAUUCGGCCUGUUCUUCGCUGAAGUCACGUUCGCAACAGGAACCAUUCCACAAUGCGUAUCCCAAAAUCAAGCAAGCACUCUAUACGCCCCUUCAACCGACGCCAUCAGUACAUACUUACAAUCCUCAGUUCAUGAUUGAUGUCAUUGCGAAUCCGCGACGUGGUGGUAAAAUCGAGCUCGCUUGGGCUCGACAACUAAACGAGUCUGCUUCUAAUAGAUACAGCUUUGUUUGUAAUGCAGUCAUUGCUGUUACAAGAGAUAUCGAUAAUGAUGUACUAAAUGAUAUUGCAGCCAUGUGUGCAGAAUUGACUGCAUGCUGUAAUGCUCUCAGUACUGAAUGGUUGGGCGUUCUUAUUGCUUUGUGCGGUUCUAGUAAAGAUGCUGGUUACUACGUUGAUGUUAUCACGCAGGUUGACAUUCUGAACACAAAUAUCCACAACGCCCUAUCAGUUUUCACUAGUAUUUUAGUGGCCCGGCACUGCUUUUCAUUGGAAAAUUUUGUUGCUCACGUUGCACUUCCAGCACUGGUUCAGGCAUGUAAAGGGCGCAGUGAAACUACACCAGAAAUCGAAGCUGGUGCGCGCCUCUCUUGUCACCUACUGUUGAGACUGUUCAAAACAAUUGAGUGCCCUCAACCUGGAUUAUAUUCUGUCAGUACAUCUCCCAAUCCAAUCACAACCAUAGGACAGGUACAUAACAUCAAGUUGAGCUGUGAUCGUCAUUUACUAGCGGCGGCACAUAAAAAUAUCGGCGUUGCACCGGUUCUUGCUGUGCUAAAAGGAAUUCUAGUAGUUGGAGACGCCACUGCUCAAAAGGUUCAAACAUCCAUAUUUGGAAGUGGGAAACGCAGUGGUUUGAACACUCCAGUUCAUCCGGGUAGUACUCCGAAGCAUGCUGGAGACUUGAGUCACAUUCUGGGCACCAGUGACCUUUCAAUACUAGGGAAUACGGAUGAAUCGAUGCUCGAUCUAACCCAAACUAAUGUUAACCAGGACAGCACCACCAAUCUUUCCGAUUUUGCUCAGCACGUUCUACGACAGAUUUGUUCUCAAGAAUGGGUUCUUGAACGGUGUCUUCAAAACGCUGAAGAAUUGUGUCAACAGGGUAUGCUAAUAGACAAUAUGUUGACGGCGAAACAAGCCCAACGCCUUCUCCACAUGAUAUGCUAUCCUGAAAACGAAUCGAAUCUUAUUGCCGAUAUGGAUCAGAAAGCUAUUAUUGUGCGGAUCUUAGAAAAUUUGGAGCAAUGGUCACUGCGAAUUUCUUGGUUAGAUCUGCAGCUUAUGUUUAAACAGACCAAUUGCAGUUCUCCAGAGCUAUCCAAUUGGUUGGAUAUGGUGGCUCGUGCGGCAAUAGAUGUUUUCCAAGUGCAUGAGUGCAAUACCAUAGAUAAUUUUGGAGGUAAUGGUAAAAACGAAAAAAUUAAGCCUUCGAUUUGGUUGGUGGCACCGUUAGUUGCGAAGUUACCCAGUGCAGUACAAGGACGAAUUCUGAAAGUAGCAGGACAGGUUCUAGAGAGUACUAAUAUGUUUAACAAAUCUAAAGAUACUGGCGGAGGCAACAAUAGCAGCAUUGGCAGUCAAGGUGGAAAUAGCAACAGCUCAAUUAGUUCAAACGGUAGUGUGAUGACCGGUAAACAAAGUGCACAGUUAAACCAUCCGCCGUUUUUGGGAUUGGUACUAACAUGUUUAAAAGGGCAGGAUGAACAGAAGGAGGGAUUACUACAGAGCCUCUACUCGCAACUAUCACAGUUUCUUCAGAAUCGCGAUUUAGAGACUGUCGGUGGUAUAGAAGACCCGCAUGGAUUUGAAAAAAUGUUGGAUGCAUUACAAUUGCGUUAUUCCUUGGUUGGUGGAUUAUUUGAUGCAAUACAAAAAAACUCCACUUCUACCAGUGAUUGGGCUAUAUUAUUCGCACAGCUAAUCAGUCAAGGUGUAAUAGAUCUGAGCAACAAUUCCGAAUUAUUCACCACUACGCUGGACAUGCUGGCAACGUUGAUUCACUCGACACUGGUUUCGGAUAGUCAAACGGAACGAGAUGAAACUAAAAAGCAGUAUACUAACUUGAUGAAGAAACUUCGUAAAGAAUUGGGUGAACGAUACAACUCAUCGAUCAAAUAUGUUCGGCAGUUGCUACCGCUUGCGAAACAAACCUGUGAAGUCAUUGCCUGUGAACCAGCUGGGAGUUCCACUGAUGCUAAGGGGAACAAAAUCAACAUUGACAGUAUUGAGAAAAAGCAUGGUCUUCGUUUGGCAGACAAACAGCGAGUUAGUGUAUGGGAUUUACUUGAAGGUCACAAGAAUCCAGCACCAUUAUCGUGGGCAUGGUUUGGAGCAGUUAAAAUUGAACGUAAACCGCUGGCUUACGAAGAAACUCAUCGGUUAUUAAAGUUCCAUACUCACAGCCUGGUGAAACCAAGCAUCUACUAUUAUGAACCAUUACCACUGCCACCGGAAGAUUUGGAACCUUUGUCAGAUAAACUGAAGGAUGAUAUGAAAGCAGAUACUCCAACAUCAGACCAAUCGCCAGCACCGGCUGGUAAAAAAGGUAAAUCUCAAGCAAGAAAGCGUAAACCUAAAGGAACAACUCAACCACAAAAUCAGCAAUCUGCUGGUCCAGUACAAAAUAUGCCCGGUCAACAGCAUGUGGCAGGUCAACAAGGUCUGCAGUCUAAUCAGCAACAACCUAAUCAACUAAUUGGUCAACCACAGCAACAGCAAGUCACAAUGACACCACAACAAACGAUGCAGCAGCUGCAGAAUGCCAACCUCGGACAGAUGACCAUAGGAGGACAAAUGGGUCAGUUAAAUUUACAACACAUUCAGCAACAGUACCAACAGCAAAAUCAAGGUCAAAUGAUUGCACAACAGUUAGCUCAACAGCAAGGGAUUGGUCAACAGCAAAGCAUGGUACAAAAUCACACUGGUGUCAUUGGCACAGUAAUGGGUGGCCCCCAACAACAGCAACCGGGUUCCAAUCAGAUGGGAUUCGUCGGUGCAGGUUCGGGUGGGGUAGUAAACCCAAUGGCUGCUCAAAUGGCUGGUCAAGGAGCUGGUCCUGGUGCCAAUCAACAAUGGGGGGGCUAUAAUCCUAUGCAACAGCAACAGCAACAGCAACAACAACAACAACAAAUGUUCUACAAUCAAGGCAUGGGACAGUCUGGAAUGAAUAGAUUUGAUCGACCACAAUUGAACACAAAUCCAAAACAGGUUUUAUCUAAUAUGCUACGUGCUCGUAUUCCAAUGGGAAGCACUAAUCCAGGAACUGCAAGUUUUAUACCACAACCGGUACGUGCUCAACAAUCAUUCAUGCGAGGCCCUUCCCGACCAGGAAUAUCUAAUCCAAUGGUAGGCUCCGGAAUGAAUACAGGAACAGGAAGCAGUUUAAUGGCACAAUCCGGAGGAAGUAUUAUUCAGGCUAAUUUGUUGAAUCAACAAAAUGCAGGUUUAGGACAAGGAAUGAAUUCUGGAAUGGGCAGUAACUCAUUGAUGACACAGGCUAGCGCAAAUUCCAGUACUGGUGGCAUGGGUAAUCCUGGAAUGAUGGGGAUGCAGAGUAUGCAACAAGGUGGUAAUAUGAGUGCUGGUAUGAGUAAUCAAGGUAUGAAUGCGACAAUGGGUGGCACUGGCAUUGUUAAUAGUGGUAUAAUUGGUCAGAAUGGAGGAAACACAAACGUUGCAUCAAUGGGAAAUCCGGGAAUGAUGAGUAUGCAGAACAUACAACAAGGCGGAAUGCAAUCAGGAAUGUUCCAAGGACAAGGCGGACCCUAUCAGAGCAUGAAUCAGAACUACCCAAACUAUGGCAAUCAAGGUAUGGGACAGCAAGGUGGCCAAGGUAUGAUUGGAAACUUCAAUCAACUAGGACAACAGCAGAGGAAUACACAAGCUGAGUAUAUAGCCCAACAAAGAGCACUUGCUGUUCGGGGUGGUCAAUAUAGCCAGCAUGCUCCCAAUGUAACAAUGAACAAUAUGGUCAAUCAGGGCGCUGUACCGCCUUAUCCAAGACAAGGAUGCAAACCUGGAGUAGCUUCUGCUCAGACGCACCAAUUUCAGCAACAACAGCGACUCCGACAACAAAUGAUGAUACAACAGCAGCAGCAAGGAAUGGCACAACAAGGUAAUAACCAAAGUAUGGUACAAAACCAGGGUCAGGGCAUUAGUCAACAACAAACGCCCAACCUGGUAGCCCAACUACAACGACAGAUGCCAACUCAAGGUAACAUGAUGGGCCAACAAUACUCACAUCAGCCUCCGCCUUACUGAUAAACUUGUUGAUAUACUUAUAAAAAUAGAUUCAUUCAUAAGUAUUAUAAUAUAA